AUGUCAGCUUCAUUAGCUCCAGAGUGCAACGAGGUUAAAGAGCGGUAUGAUACGUGUUUCUUAAAAUGGUACAGCGAAAAGUACCUUCGAGGCCAAGAAAAGGACAACAAGGAAUGUGCGGACAUGUUUAAAGAAUACCAAACUUGUCUUAAGGUUGCUCUAAAGGAUCGCGGUGUGGAUAAAUUAGUGGAAGAGGCCCGGGAAGAAAACAAAGAGAACGAUCUAAAACACCUCGGACCAAGAAGUAUGAUAUGCCGCUCACACGUGAUUUUAAUUGAUUGGGUGACCCACUGUUACUGUAGUCCAUUCAAUGUUGCUCUUCAGGGACAGAACAACGUGCAAGGGGAACCAAUCAACUCGAUCUCUUCCAUUGAACUCUACUCCGUAUAUCUUCUAACCUUUUACCGGCGGACGGCAUGUACUGCCACGAGGAAUAGCGCUUCUAUGCACCCCUUUUCUAUUCUGACGCUCGGCAUUUUCGUCGCUGGUUACAUUACUGCCCGUUGGGAUCUCGUCACUCGUCUCUAUGAGCUUGCCAUCUUCGCUUGGGAAAACGGUGUUGUCACACGCGCAGCGAAAGCCUUUGCUGCACUUUCCGUCCUCUUUCUCUCCAUUUUCGCCCCGACCGUCUUCCUAGCCAGAAAAGAAACGAAUCUGCAUCCAAGAAGAACGGGAACUGGUGUCUCUGCGCGGGAACAACUCAGAAGACGUGGUUCAUUUUAA